UGAUCCUCUGCAGCCAUGUGUGACCAGACGUUCAUGGCGGCCACCUUCGGCCCGUGCGACAGCUGCAGCAAGGCCAGUCCGCUGAUGAACAUCUACAUCAAGACCGAGGCCAUCAACUACUGCUCCUUCUGCGUGGAAAUGAUGGCGUGCCAGGGGCUCCAGAAAGGGGAGACCCUGGCAUCACUGAAGAAGGAGAGCGAGAACCUGAAGAAGAAGCUGGAGGAGGAGCGCGGCAAGCUGAACGAUGUGGAGCUGCAUCAGAUGGCUGAGAAGGUUGAGGCGGUGGCCGCUCUUUCCUUGAAGACCAGGCGUGUCCUGAAAGGCCAUGGCAACAAGGUUCUGUGUAUGGACUGGUGUAAGGACAAACGUCGCCUGGUCAGCUCUUCACAGGAUGGAAAAGUGAUUGUCUGGGAUGCAUUUACUCUUAAUAAGGAGCAUGGGAUAACCCUGCCAUGUACAUGGGUGAUGGCAUGUGCAUACGCUCCCUCCGGUUGUGCUGUGGCAUGUGGGGGCUUGGAUAACAAAUGCUCAGUGGUCCCGCUGUCGCUGGACAGAAACGAGAACCUGGCAGCAAAGAAGAAGUCGGUCGCCAUGCACACCAACUAUGUAUCAGGAUGCUCCUUCACCAACUCAGACAUGCAGCUGCUGACCUCCAGCGGGGAUGGAACGUGUGCAUUGUGGGACGUGGAGAGUGGGCAGCUGCUGCAGAGUUUCCACGGCCACACGGCGGACGUCUUGUCGCUGGACCUCGCUCCGUCCGAGACCGGAAACACGUUUGUGUCCGGGGGCUGCGAUAUGAAGGCCAACGUGUGGGACAUGCGCUCGGGACAGAACAUUCAGUCUUUUGAAAGCCACGAGUCGGAUAUCAACUGUGUGAAGUACUACCCCAGCGGAGACGCGUUUGCCACUGCGUCCGAUGACGCCACGUGCCGUUUCUAUGACCUGCGGGCGGACCGCGAAGUCGCCGUCUACCAGAAGGACAGCAUCAUAUUUGGCGCCUCCUCUGUGGACUUCUCUCUCAGUGGCCGCUUGUUGUUCUCUGGGUACAACGACUACACCAUAAACAUCUGGGACGUUCUGAAGGGGACUCGCGUCUCCAUCCUGUUUGGCCAUGAAAACCGCAUCAGCAGAGUCCGAGUGUCGCCUGAUGGCACGGCGUUCUGCUCGGCCUCCUGGGACAACAGUCUACGGAUCUGGGCCUAGCGUCGUCCCAGCGGUUCAGUCCAAGUAAACAACAUGAAGAUUAGCACUCCUGCCGGAAAUCAAUCCCUCAUGCUUGAGCGUGUCGAUCCAAAACUUCAGCUUCACACUGAAGUUCAACCACUUCCAAAUGUGAUGAUGCUUCAGUUCCUUGUUAGCACACAAAGCUAAACAGCUUGUUAGCUUGUUUUUGGGCUUAUCUGCAGUCGCACAAUGUUUCACAUGUAGAUGGAAAAGUUCAUCAGGGCACCGAGCAGGUGGACUCGCUGUGAAAUAAGUGAGCUCUGACGCAAAAGGAUUUUAUAUAGAGGUAUCGUAUUACUGGGGGCUGAAAACAUAUGCGAGGCACCUUUUUUAGACUUUUCCCCAAACCAUGUCUCCCUUUUCUUUCUGUACUUAUUUCAAUUAAAUACAUUUAGGUUUGUGAUUGUAAUGUGACAAAAUGUGGAAAAAUUGACAUUUUUACAAGGCGCCGUCUCCAACAGCAUUCCUUUUGAAGGAUUUCACCACAUAUAGAGAUAUUUACUAACUGAUCUGUUGGCCUACUGGCAAUAAAAUUGACCAUAGAAAUCAAGAUUGAACAACAAAAAAGACAAUGGAAAAACAUAUUUUUGCAAUGAAUAGAUAAAAACAGAACUAAUAACUAUGUAAGAACAGUAUAUUGGUCAUUAUUGUCGUCAUUUAACCUUCUUUAUUUGACUUUUGAACUACAGUCAGGUUCAUGUUAGUGGGUUUGUAAGUGCUGCUCUAAUAACGGCACCUUACGGCAUAAAGUUAGCUACCAGUUAUUAUGUUUUUAUUUAAAGGUGUAUUAACUAUUUUGAUCACUGAUUUUCCCACGAGAAAAUAAAAACAGUUGUGGAAUCUUC